AUGUCGACUGAGAAACAUGUCGACUCGGACGUUCAGGUGCAGGAGGAUGGGGAUGAGAGGCUGCCCGAGGUGAACUGGACGGCUGAUGAGGAGACGAAAGCAAAGAGAAAGCUAGAUUUCAUCAUUAUGCCAAUCCUCACACUCGGCUUCUUCUGUCUGCAACUUGACCGUGGCAACAUGGCCAAUGCUAUCACAGACAACUUCAUGGCCGACGUCGGCAUAGACCAGGACCAAUUCAACGUCGGGCAGCAAAUGCUUUCCCUCGGCAUCGUUCUCACCGAGAUCCCCUCCAACAUGAUCCUCUACCGCGUCGGUCCGGGCAAAUGGCUCACGCUACAACUCUUCCUUUUCGGGAUCGUGAGCACAUUCCAAGCCUUUCAGCGCGGAUACGGGGCCUUCAUCGCCACGCGUUUCCUCCUGGGAAUUACAGAGUCGGGUUUUAUCCCCGGUGGUCUAUGGACACUGUCCACGUGGUAUACCCGUGAUGAGACUGCCAAGCGAGUCAUGAUUUUCUAUUUUGGAAACCAGAUUGGCCAGGCGUCUGCAAAGCUGCUUGCCUACGGAAUUCUGCAUAUGAGAGGUGUGGGUGGACAGCCGGGUUGGUUCUGGCUCUUCGCACUCAUGGGAGCCUUCACGGUCCUUGGUGGGUUUGUCUAUGGACUUUUCUUGCCUGAUUCGUUCCAACGCCCUAGAAGUACAUUUUUGCCGCAGGUCACCUGGUUUACAGAACGCGAGUUGUAUAUUUUGCAGACAAGGGUGUUGAGGGAUGACCCGAUGAAGGGCAAGAAGAAGAGGAAAAUCGGGCUCGAUGCUUUUAAGAGAACUUUCAUUGACUGGCGUGUCUGGGUGCACUUCCUCAUCACACUCUGCAAUAACGGUCCUCAGCGUGCCUUUGACACGUACGCUCCGUCUAUUGUCACCAGCUUCGGGUUCGGCCGUCUCGUCAGCAACGCGUUGGCCGCCGUUGGUCUUUUCUUACAAGUGCCAGUGUCCUUUGCGUUUAGCUGGAUCUCGGACCGCUUCAACCUUAGGGGUGAAACCGUUGUCGUGGGUAUGUUUUGUCACCUGCUCGGAUACGUAUUCAACCGAAUCUUCACGCGGGUACAGCUUCGAGGCGUGCGCUACUUUGGCGUGGUCUGGACGCAGACGUUUGGAACGUUUUCGCAUCCGCUGAAUAUCGCGUGGUUGUCGCUUACUUGUAAGGAUUCGGAGCAGAGGGCAUUAGCUAUGGCAGGCGUCAUCAUGAACGCCAACAUAGCAGGUAUUUACGGCGCCCAGAUCUUUCGCUCAGAUGACAAGCCGCUUUAUCAACGAGGCUUCACCGUCGCGAUUGCGGUGCUGUCUGUUGGUCUCGUGCUUGCAGUUUCACGGUGGGCUGAUGAUUUCUUGCACCGCCGGCGCAAGGUUCGCGCGCUGGAAUAA